AUGCCGAUCGAAACGAGCAGAGAGAUUACCGUGCUCGUGACGAAUCCUAACUUCGAAUCUGUAAUCAGGAGAAACCGUGGGCUAUUCAAAGGAUUCGCGGUUAUUCUCUUUGGGGCUGGAGCAGGACUUGGAGGACUGCUUGGUGGCUGGAUUUAUGUCAAUUUUAGCUGGAGGAUCGCCUUCGGCUUUCAGGUUCCCCUCCUCAUCCUGGCAGCAAUUUUCGUUUCGAUACACCUCAAUAUUACCCUCUCUCAAGUAUCUCUGACCAUCGAGCAAAAGCUAGCCAAGAUUGACUGGCUCGGGUCGCUGACACUCAUCCUCGCUGUUUCUUCCGCCCUAAUUGGACUCAAUUUAAAGGCGACGGAAGAUCUCCAAUGGUCCCAUCCAUUUGUCUGGAUGCCAUUAAUCAUCAGCGCGUUCAUGUUCGUAUCAUUCUGGGUCGUCGAGGUGAAGAUGUCACCAGAGCCGAUUCUACCAACGCGACUUUUGUUCAGUCGAACCCCGCUGGCUGUCGCAAUGACAAACUUAUUUGGCUCCAUCGUAAGCUUCUCGGUAAUGUACAAUAUACCAUUGUCCGUCUCCAAAACCGCUAGUCAAGCCGGACGUUACCUCGUGCCCAUUUCCCUUGCCGAACCUAUCGGAGCCCUUUCUGCGGGAUGGCAAAUCACUUCUUGA